UUGGAGGUCGAUUAAAUCACUCGUCAUUGUCAACUGAUACCAAACAUCCAUAUAUUCUUCCAAAGGAUGUGCACUUUUCAAUUUUGAUCAUCGACGAAGCUCAUAAGCGGGUAUUUCAUGGCUCUACUCAAGAUACUCUUAUGUAUAUUAGAAAUCAGUAUUGGAUUUUAGGUGGACGAAAUCCAAUUCGUUCGUUCAUUCUCAAAUGUGUCAGAUGCACUCGGUAUCGGCGACUUCAAGCAAGUCAAUUAAUGGGACAAUUACCUUAUUCCAGAGUAAAUCCAAAUAGAGCUUUUUUACAUACUGGCCUAGAUUAUGCAGGACCUUAUGUGAUUAAAACUUGGAAAGGUAGACUUAUAAAGCUUGGGUUUCCUUGUUCAUCUGUUUAACUACUUCAGCAGUACACUUAGAAUUGGUUACUGAUUACACAACAGAAGCAUUUAUAGCUGCCUACAAACGAUUCGUAUCAAGAAGAGGUAUUUGUUCGGAUUUAUACAGUGAUUGUGGCACAAAUUUCAAAGGCGCUGAAAAAGAAUUAAAGGAUUUAUUCACGAAAAACAGUCAACAACUUGGUGAAAUGGCUGCUUUGGUUGCUAAUGAUGGUACUUCUUGGCAUUUCAACCCGCCUGCAACUCCUCAUUUCGGAGGCAAAUGGGAAGCAGCUAUUAAAUCAAUGAAACAUCAUUUGAGACGUGUUGCAGGCGACAUACACUUCACUUAUGAAGAAUUUACUACUUUGUUAAUCCAAGUUGAAGCAAUCCUUAACUCAAGACCGUUAAUGCCAUUGACUGAUGAUCCAGAUGAUCUUGAUGUCUUAACUCCAGGGCAUUUUUUAAUUGGCCACUCUCUAACGAUAAUUCCAGAACCAAAUUUGGAAACUAUAAAGUCAUCAAGGCUUUCUCGAUGGCAGCUUAUCAGCCAGAUGACACAAAGUUUUUGGACUAAAUGGUCUCGGGAAUAUCUUCAACGAUUUCAAGCUAUUUACAAAUGGAACAAGCUUACUCCAUCUCUUAAACCAGGUAAUAUUGUUCUGAUUAUCGAUGAACGAUAUCCACCUGGUAAGUGGCCUAUGGGCAAAAUUAUUCAAGUACAUCCAGGCAAGGAUGGUUUAGUUCGAGUUGUCACUCUUAAAACGAGUACAACAACAAUGACUCGACCAAUUACAAAGCUCUGCCCUCUUGUGAUUGAUUCAACUUCUGAGAGUUCGUCGCUGAAGUCGACGAAGGCGGGCGGAAAUGUUUAAAAUCAUGAUGUUACAUUGUUACAUUAACACCAUUCUUUUAUUUUUAAUAAAAUGAUGAAGCUAAGACUACAAUUUUUUAACUAAUAUAUUUAGUAUAAGGUUUUCGUUAAGAGUCUGUUUCAAGUACUCUCAUGUUUACUUAAGUAUUGGUUUCCAUUCAUCUGUUGAUACUUUUAUUACUUUCAUGAUGAUUGUACCAGCACAUGAGUCUCUGAUCGACGCAUAAUCAGGACAAAGAAAGAGAUGUUUGGUUUUCAAUCAAAGAUAUCUUAAAGAAAAUGAGUCAGUCUUUAAAAAAGUUCCAACGAGUGCACUGUGUCGUUUUGCUGUAAUUAAAUACAUCUCUAGUGUGGUCAAUCCAAAUUGGAAUUAAGCCUCUGAUUUUCUCUUUCAUUGUUGUUUGAUCAAUUACAAUAAGUCAUAUUGCUGGAUUCAAUCUUCAACUAAGUUGAUUCAACAGCUUCAACCUCUUAAUUAUUGUUCAAACACUGGUCUGCGAUCACCUCGACGUGUAACCAGCUCUCUACAUUCUACGUUAUUUUAGAUCAGCUAUUUUAAUCUCAGUUAUUAAUGCCUAAUUCAACUUUUGCUAAUAAAUAAGUUUAAAUAAUUAAUUAAAA